CGGGGCCGGGCGGGGGGCGGGGCCUCGGUGGGGCCGCCGCGCGGCUUCACCUGCUGUUCGGAGCGCGCGGAACAGAGGCGCCGGCGGCUGCGUGGCCGGCGGGCAGCAGACGCACCGGCCCGAGGGAGCGCGCCGCCGGCCAGACUUGGCCUGGCUCCCGGAGCCUGGGCGGCGGGCGCGGCGGACUGGAGGCGCUGGGCCCGCCCGGGAAGCGGCGGCUGCGGCGCCCAUCGGAGCGGUGGCCAGAGGGAAGCGGGCUGCGGGCGCCGGGCUGCGGGCGCCGGGAGCGGCGCAGCGGGGAAGAUGACCGCGGGCUCCGAGGUGCUCCUCGUGCUGCUCUCCAUCUCAGCCGCGCUCCGGGCCCAUAAUGGGGAUCUUACUGCCAGGGAGGCUUGCAAGACUGGAUUCUCUGAAGAGGAUUACACAGCGGUAAUCUCCCAAAACAUCCUAGAAGGAGAGAAACUACUCAAAGUCCAGUUCAGCAGCUGCCCAGAGACUGAAGGGACACAAUAUGAGACCAAUAGUAUGGAUUUCAGAGUCGGGGCAGACGGGACAGUCUUCGCCACACGGGAGCUGCGGAUCCUGUCAGAGCAGGUGGCCUUCACUGUGACAGCAAGGAAUGGACAGACGGCUAAACGAUGGGAUACUGUGGUGCGACUACUGGUGGCACCAGCCUCUUCUGUGCAUUUUGGGCACAAGAAAGGGAAGAAGAGUGCAGGUCUGGAAGCACCCCUCCCCCCAAAUGACACUCUGCUGCCAUGGCCUCAGCGUCAUAACUCCAAUGGACUUCGGAGACAAAAACGAGACUGGGUCAUCCCCCCUAUCAACGUGCCAGAGAACUCACGAGGACCUUUCCCCCAGCAGCUAGUGAGGAUCAGGUCUGACAAGGACAACGACAUUCCCAUCCGGUACAGCAUCACAGGCGUGGGAGCUGACCAGCCCCCAAUGGAGGUCUUCAGCAUCGACUCCAUGUCAGGCCGGAUGUACGUCACUCGACCCAUGGACCGUGAGGAGCGAGCUUCCUACCAUCUCAGAGCUCAUGCUGUGGACAUGAAUGGCAACAAAGUAGAGAACCCUAUUGACCUCUACAUCUACGUCAUUGACAUGAAUGACAACCGCCCUGAGUUCAUCAACCAGGUCUACAACGGCUCUGUGGAUGAGGGCUCCAAACCAGGCACCUAUGUGAUGACUGUCACAGCCAACGAUGCCGAUGAUGCCACCACAGCCAACGGGAUGGUGCGCUACCGGAUUGUCACCCAGACCCCGCAGAGUCCUUCCCAGAACAUGUUCACCAUCAACAGUGAGACGGGGGACAUUGUGACGGUGGCUGCUGGCCUGGACCGGGAGAAAGUUCACCAGUACACAGUCAUUGUUCAGGCCACAGACAUGGAAGGAAACCUGAACUAUGGCCUCUCAAACACAGCCACAGCCAUUAUCUCCGUGACAGACGUGAAUGACAACCCGCCAGAAUUCACAGCAAGUACGUAUGCUGGGGAAGUUCCUGAAAACCGAGUGGAGAUAGUAGUGGCAAACCUCACCGUGAUGGACCGGGAUCAGCCCCACUCACCAAACUGGAACGCCGUCUACCGCAUCAUCAGUGGGGACCCCUCAGGUCAUUUCAGCAUCCGCACAGACCCUGUCACCAACGAGGGCAUGGUCACUGUGGUGAAGGCCGUCGACUACGAGCUAAACAGAGCCUUCAUGCUGACUGUCAUGGUGUCCAACCAGGCACCCCUGGCCAGUGGCAUCCAGAUGUCCUUCCAGUCCACAGCGGGGGUCACUAUCUCGGUCAUGGACAUCAACGAGGCCCCCUACUUCCCCUCCAACCACAAGCUGAUCCGCCUGGAGGAGGGUGUGCCCACAGGCACUGUGCUGACCACGUUUUCCGCAAUCGACCCUGACCGCUUCAUGCAGCAAGCCGUGAGGUACUCCAAGCUGUCAGACCCUGCUAACUGGCUGCACAUUAACGCCACCAAUGGCCAGAUCACCACAGCUGCUGUGCUCGACCGAGAAUCCAUCUACAUCAAAAACAACGUCUAUGAGGCCACCUUCCUAGCAGCUGACAAUGGAGUCCCCCCAGCCAGUGGCACUGGGACCCUUCAGAUCUAUCUCAUUGACAUCAAUGACAAUGCCCCCGAGCUGCUGCCUAAGGAGGCUCAGAUCUGUGAGAAGCCCGGCCUGAACACCAUCAACAUCACUGCAGCCGACACCGACAUCGACCCAAACAUUGGCCCCUACGUCUUUGAGCUGCCCUUUGUCCCAAGCACUGUGCGCAAGAACUGGACCAUCACCCGCCUAAAUGGGGACUAUGCCCAGCUCAGCCUGCGUAUCCUGUACCUGGAGGCUGGCAUGUAUGACGUCCCCAUCGUAGUCACAGACUCUGGGAACCCUCCCUUGUCCAACACAUCCAUCAUCAAGGUCAAGGUGUGCCCAUGUGACGAGAAUGGUGACUGCACCACGGUGGGCGCAGUGGCAGCAGCCGGUCUGGGCACUGGUGCCAUUGUCGCCAUCCUCAUCUGCAUUGUCAUCCUGCUGACCAUGGUCCUACUGUUCGUUGUGUGGAUGAAACGGCGGGAGAAGGAGCGCCACACGAAGCAGCUGCUCAUCGACCCUGAGGACGACGUGCGUGACAACAUCCUCAAGUACGACGAGGAAGGAGGUGGUGAGGAGGACCAGGACUAUGACCUCAGUCAGCUACAGCAGCCGGAGGCCAUGGAGCAUGUGCUGAGCAAGGCCCCCGGGGUGAGACGGGUGGACGAGCGGCCAGUGGGUGCUGAGCCCCAGUACCCGGUCAGGCCCGUGGUGCCCCACCCAGGUGACAUCGGUGACUUCAUCAGCGAGGGCCUCCGGGCAGCUGACAAUGACCCCACAGCGCCCCCCUAUGACUCCCUGCUGGUGUUCGACUAUGAGGGCAGUGGGUCCACCGCGGGCUCUGUCAGCUCCCUGAACUCCUCCAGCUCCGGGGACCAAGACUACAACUACCUGAACGACUGGGGACCCCGGUUCAAGAAGCUGGCAGACAUGUAUGGAGGUGGUGAAGAGGAAUAGCCCUACUUGGACCAGACGGAGAACAGCACUCCGGCAAACAGGAAGGAGCAGGACUGGUGGAGGCCACGGCCGCCAGCCGCCAGCAGACGUGUCAUUUAGGGUGUGUUAGGGGUCCCUUCCCGCCCCAGCCCCCCCCCCACAUUGAGCUGUCUAGCAUGAACACUUCUCGCCCUGCGGCCGCCCCUCACAAUAGCCGACUGACCACGAAGGAGAGCGAGAGGCACUCUGUCUUAACUUGAAUUUCUUAGAACAGAAGCACUGUUUUUAAAAUAUAUAUAUAUGAAAGUGCCUUUUUGGUACAUGUAUCAGAUUCCUCAAACUCAGGAGUGACUGAAAGCAAGCAGACAGACCUAGGCCCCCUCAAGUCCUGAGUGUCCCCCCUGUCCCAGCUAGACCCAUCUCUGAAGACAUCAGUUAAGGGGGAGAAUGUGUUUCUCCAGGCCUUUCUUUUUUUCUUUCUUUCUUUCUUUCUUUCUUUUUGUUUUUUUCUGGUUUAUUGAGAAAAUUGUGAGUGACUCAACAAAGUUUUUUUUUUUUUUUUUUUGCCGAGAUAAAGAUAGUUGGAAGUCCAAAUCCCAGUUGCCCCUCUGAGCCCUCACAAUUUGCUGUACAAAAUCAGGGUACCCAUCAAAGGGUGGGGAGCCCCCCUUCCAAUCCAGCAGUAGGAGGCUCCCCUGGGAUUUACCUAGCUGGUGGCCACAAGUGUGAUCAUGUACAUUUGGUUCUCACGAGGCUUCUGACCGCCAGACUCCCAGGUGCUGCAGGGCUCCGAGGAGCCAUCCCUGAAACUCUUGCCCUGGCCCUACAUAGAGUUUCACCCAUCAACUGUUAAGCCUCCCUCAGGGUGGGCUGUCAACCAAGUCCCCAAUGCCUUUAUUUCAGGAGAAAAAUGUGUCCCAAAAAGUCACAGUCCAAACAGCCAGUCAAGCCCCUGGUAUGAGCCCUCCCUCCACCCCUUCCCAUCAGACUCCAUCUAUGACCAAGCCAACAGGCACCAGGCCCCACAUCUGGCCAUUCUCGAACCAGCCACCCCCUGACUUGUAGACUGAGGGGGUCCUGAACCAAGCUUGCAGCUGCUGGAAGCUUGAGCCCCAACCCUCCCUGGAGCUCUUGCAUCUUCACCCUGCCUGCCCCCCUGAACUUGAUCGAGUAUCCUGGACCUGAUGCUCUUGAAUUGAGAGGGGACAUGAAGAUCCUCAAAUGGCCAGGAGAGCCUGCUCUUCAUCCCUCUGGUGAGUCUGGACCACGUCCACUAAACAGGACGGCCCCUUUCCUUCCUCAGUGACUCUCAGAGCUGUUCUUCUGAGGGGUUUGGUAGGCCUCCAAGGAUACCAGGGGAGGGGUCACUUGCAGGACAACAAAAGAAGUAUGUCCCAGGACUUACAGGGAACCCCUGCUGUCCUGUGUCUCAUGAGAAGGGGCUGGCAUAUUCCUCUGCCCUCCACCCCCUGGAAGAAUGUCUGGACAGGACAGUGACUCAGUCUCUGCAGGAGGCAGCACCCCUGAGGGGACUCUUUGCUCUCUGGAUCCCCAAGGAAGAGGUGAAGGCCAGCACCCACCCAGGGUAAGACUGGUGUCAGAGCCCUCUUGGGGAGAGGGAUGUCCCAGCUUUGAAGAGAGCUGGCUGCCUCAGGGCCUCACCACACCUGUGCUGCUUCUUCAGGUAGUAUCUCAGAGGGCCGGAGUCAUGGGAGAGACUGGGAGAAAAUGGGGGACCUGAGGACAUGGGAGGACUAGGGGCCAUGGGAGGUUGGGGUAUAUACUGUCCACCUCUCCACUGGGGGUCCUGGGGACAACGGUCACUUGGGGGGAUAUGGAGGACUGAGGCAUACAUCUCCCCAUGUCUCCAUGUCGGGCCGUAGGGGACUGGAGUGCAUGUUCUCCAUGACUCCAUCAGGGAGUCUAGAAGAGAUGGAGGCCCUAGGUACAUGUCUUUCCAUGUUUUCAUCAGAGUCCUGAGGUGACAGAGGCUGGGGUACACCUCUCACAUCUCCCCAAGUCCCCUCUUCUCAAUCUUGGUCACCUGAUUGCUCUUGCUGUUCUCUUGUCUAAACAAGCCUCAGCCUGGAAGGUGAAUGUGUGUGUGUGUGUGUGUGUGUGUGUGUGUGUGUGUGUGUGUGUGUGUGUGUAUGAGAGAGAGAGAGAGAGAGAGAGAGAGAGAGGUGUGUGGAUGUGCCCAUGGACGUCAGGGUUCUUCCUCAACCAAAUUCAUCUAGCUCCAUCCUUCCUCCCAGAGCCAGGUUAUGGGCCAAGUUUUGGUGCAUGACCCUUGGGAGAGUCUGUCCAUUCUAACCAUCCACAGCCACCACAGGGCCAUAUGCUAGAGGUCCUGUCCUCCUGCAGACAGCUGAAUUUCCCAAAAUUGAAGCUCGCAGAGGGAUGGCCUGCAACUUGGAGGGGACCUCUCCUGCAUUCUAGCCCUGCUAAAUCACUCCCAGGCCUGGGGGUAUGGCCGGCUGGUUGUGGGUAGUUCUGGGGUCUAGGCUGGAGGGAUAGGAGCUGGAAUCUUAUCUGUUUGAGGAAAGUUUAUCCUCCAAUCAAAGUUGUAAGUGUAAAUGUGGUAGAGCAGUCAAGGCAGCUGUGGGGGUCCCUCAGGCCCUGGAACCACCUCUGAGAAAAAUUGCCGGGACUUGGCAUGGUGAAUACCAACUCUGAGGAAGCCUCCGGGGACCAGGAGCUGCCCUUCUGCCCUGUCCUUUAGCAGAGCUGGACAUCAGUGUCUGCACCCUUACCCUGCUUCCCUUCUUCUCCCCUCUCUGGUCUCCUGCCUCCUGUUACCUUCUGCCUGACUUCCACAGGCUGAGGCUGCAGCCUGGGGUGCGGCUUCUCGCCCUCCUGGAACCUCCCUGCUUCCAGACUGCUAUACAGACAGCUGACCUUCUCACUCCCACCCUGGGCAGCCCCUCUUACCCCCAGGAAGGUGGAGAAAGAUGGGGAUUUCCACACCCUCCCAGAUUCAUCUCGGAACUCCAUUCCGAGGCCAAUGAGUUAGCUAGUUUUAGCUAAGCAUACAAUCAGUGUCAAAUGUCUCUCCUAUGUAGCUUAUAGAUAUAAUGUGUCUGUGAUCAGGGGACCUGGCAGUUGGAGGCCUGGAGUUGGUGCUGGCAAAGUGCUGGGGCAUGAUUUUGUUCCUUUAGGGUUUUUUGUUUUUGUUGUUGUUGUUGUUGUUCUGUAAACAGGAGAGCCCUGCACUGUUGGGUAGAGGGGCCUUGGCUGGAAGGUACCCAAGCCGGGGGCCUCAACACCUCCUCUCCUAUUUAGGCAGGUCUUCUCGUGCUCGUGUUUUUCAGCACAUCCAAAGUGCUAGGUCCUCCACCACCAAAGUGUCAAGGUCAUGGCCAACUGUCAGGCCCUCCGAGAUGCCUCAUUUUCUCUAGCACGAGCACUGGCCCACACACUACACGGUCCUUUGGGACAACUCUGUUCUCUCCAAUGUAAGAAGUUAGGAGAGGAGAGUCUCAGAUUUCUGCCAAUGCAAAAACACCAACAAAAAUAAUGAUGAUGAUAAAGGAAAACAAAAUAAAUCCCCCCACCCCACAGAACGUCAUGUGAAACAGCUCACAGCAACAUGGUGGACAUAACACAGGGACCACUCAGUGCCAUGGGACUGUGGGGGGACCACCUCUAUGUAAAAUUGGAACGCAUUUCUUUUUCUUUCUCUCCUUUUUCCAUCCAGAUUUUUGUUUUGCAUGUUUCUUUCUGAGAAUGGACAAAAAAUGUGUAGCAGCCCGCAUGACCGUGGUUGUUCUGGGGAAAAGAUAGCAGAGUAUGAUGUAUUCACACUGCAACUCUGAGCAUCGCGCGCUUAGACAGACGUUCCGACUUUUUUUGUAAUCGUCAACAGCACAACUAUUUUGUAUUGUUGUUUGUAUCAUUUUUGUACCAAAAACAAAAAAGGACAAAAAAAAAAAAGGGAAGAGCAUCGAUGUUUUCAAUGUGUUUUUAGUGCCAGGCGGUCUUGGUUCCAGACUGAGUAGCGGCUUUGCGGGGUUGUUGUGUACUGGAAUGGAGUCGGGCCUCAGCGCGCUGCUCCAGCGGAGUAAAUAAAGUCCCCUUUGAAAUA